AUAUGACUUCACUUAAAAGUCUCUUAAAUAAUUAUUAAGACAUCCCGAUUUUCAACAAAUUUAAAUAAUGAGAAUUUGCGGCCCAAAAUUAUCCUUGUGUGGAUUGAUCAUUUCAGUUUGGGGAAUUAUUCAAUUGCUGCUUAUGGGUGUCUUCUAUUAUAUACAUAGUGUAGCAUUAAUUGAAGAUUUACCAAUUGAAGAGCAUUACAAGACUCCAUCGGAGUUUUAUGCUGCUGCAGACAGAGCAUACAGUCAGAAUGCAAUGAAUUGCUGGAUUGCUGCUUUAAUUUAUGUUGUAACAUUGGCGGUCUCAACAUGGCAAUUUUAUGCAAAUAGUCGUGCUAGUUCAGUUAACUAAACUUUGUUAUUUAAAUGUAUAUCUACAAACUGGUUCAUUCCAAGCAUCUUUUU